UGGAUUUGUUGGGCAAAUCCUCCAACUUCGUCCUGUCAGUCAUUACUAUUCUCACGUAAGAAAAUUAAAUCUCUCGCAGCAAGCUUUAAAGUGAUAUAGAUUGUACGGGCAGUGAAGAGAGUGACUCUUAAAGCGACAGUAGCCCCUUCUUUCUGAUCGAAAAAUUAUCCAAUCUCUAACUGGAUGAUCCAAACUGUGAGUUUUGUGACCCACUGAACCACUUUUAAAUGGGUGGUAGAAAUGGUGUGGACAGCGACUCUCAGUAACCUGGUGUUAGGAGUCUAUGGAAUCACUCUCAUCACAGGUCUUCCUGGCAACAUCUUGGCUUUUUACGCCUUCUGCCAGAAGAUUCGCCACGGAUCCACCCCUACAGUUAUCCUCCUCAGUUUAACUAUUUCAGACUUGAUCUUCCUUUGCUUUCUGCCAUUUCUCAUGGUAGAGGCGGCAAACAUGAAGUGGACGCUGCCGUACUUCCUCUGUCCGUUGACGGGUUUUAUCUACUACUCCACCAUCUACAACAGCACCCUUCAUCUGACGGCCAUCAGCGUCGAGCGCUACCUGGGUGUGGCCUUCCCCAUAAAAUACAAGUUAAAAAGCAAUCCCAGAAUUGCAGUGGUAGCCGUCAUUUUAUUCUGGUUGAUUUCCUUUGUGCAGUGCAGUAUUAUCUAUAUCACAUACUACAGCUAUACUCCAAACCAGAACUUCACCAACCCAUCUGAUAGGAACAGCUGCCAAGAGGAAUUCAGCGACAUACAGCUGAAGAUUUCUGUGCCGUAUCGUCUGGAGAUUUUUGUUGUGCUUCUCUGUGCACCGUUUCUCAUCUGCUGCUUCUGCUACAUCAAGUUUAUCCACAUCCUCUCCAAUCAACCAGAUAUGAAUGCCAAUAUAAGAAAGAGAGCCAUCGGGAUGGCUGUGGUAACACUGUUGUUUUUUAUUAUCUGCUUUAUACCCUUCAACAUAUUUCUUGUUGAUGGAUAUGAUGGCAGCGACAGCACAGAAUGGAGGCUGUGUACUCUGGUCCUCUGUACACUAAACGUGUGUCUUGAUCCUUUUAUAUUCUACCUUUGUUCUUCAGCAUUCAGAGAAACUUUCAAGAGCACCUUGCGAGAACUGACCAGCCGCAUGGCCAUGCUUUCCUGCCACUCAGCUUCUUCUGUCUGUUGUUUUAAGGUGGGACAACAGAGGAGAGAACAGGGAGAUCACAUCCCAGUGACAUAAUAAUAUUACAUUUGUGGUGGUGGUGUAUAUGUUUCUUAUGUUCAUUUGAUAGUUUACCGUCAUCAAUAGAUGUAAAUCAAAGCCAAUUUUAAAAAACUCUGCAGCGCCGAUGUGACUGAAGUUACAUUCUUAGUAGAUGGACCAAAGAGAUGCUUAAAGGGAUAGUU